ACAAAAUUAAUACCCAGAUAACCAGUAGUCUUGCAGAAAUAGUAGGGAAGGGAAAAAGAGUGUUUUCCAUUUAAAUCAAGCCAUCCUGUCAUUAAAAAUCUAAGUAGUUCAGCUUUGUGGAAGGAUUUAAUGGUAGCACUUCAGUCAUAAUCAGCUUAGAAGGACUCGCAUGACUGUGUGGUCUGAAGAAUAGAAAAAAGAAGCCAGAGUUCAAACUCACCACAGAAACAGGCACUGAGCUGUGUGGUGCAGAAUCAACACACUGUCCUGAAGGGUUGGUUUUUGGCUAUUGUAUGCACCAGAAAUGCCUGUGGAUUUCAGUGGUUACUGGAAAAUGGUCAGCAAUGAAAAUUUUGAGGCGUAUAUGAAAGCAUUAGAUGUAAACAUUGCUGUAAGAAAAAUAGCAAACUUGCUAAAACCUGACAAAGACAUCGUUCAGAAAGGGGAUCAUAUGAUCAUUAAAACGCUAAGUACUUUUAGAAACUACAUCAUGGAAUUUGAUAUAGGAAAGGAGUUUGAGGAGGAUUUGACUGGACUGGAUGAUCGCAAAUGCAUGACCACUGUGAGCUGGGAUGGAGAUAAACUUCUUUGUGUACAGAAAGGAGAAAAAGAAGGUCGGGGUUGGACCCAGUGGAUCGAAGGAAAUGAAAUGCACCUGGAAAUAAGAGCAUGUGGAACCACAUGUAAGCAAGUCUUCAAGAAGGUGCAGUGAACCUGAUCUACAGAUACAGAUUU